UUCUUCUUUUUCACUGUGCUUGAUUGGGUGACCUCGUAACAUGAAGAAUAUGACUUUCCGGCGAGUUCAGAAGCUUAAUUCAAACGAUCCAGAUAUUGGACAGUCGCGUUAUGACAGUGGAGAUAUCUACUUCUCUUCGUCCAAAUCAGACAGCUGUAGGACCAUGGACAGACCAUCCCAUUCCUCUGAAGUUUAUAAUUACAAGACGCUUGCAUAUUCUGGAGGCACGUUACCCAGGAAUUACAAAAAGAGUGGUGGGCUGCAGAAAUGGAAGCCACUCACACAACCACCAGAGCCACAUAGGAAGGUGGUGGUCCUGGAGAAGGAGGAGGGUGAAGCCUUUGGCUUUGAGAUCCAGACGUAUGGGCUCCACCAUCAGAAUGAGAACUCUGUUGAGAUGUGCACGUUUGUGUGCAAAGUCCACAACAACAGUCCUGCCCAGCAAGCUGGUCUCAAAGUCGGAGACACAAUCGCUAGUGUGAAUGAAGCUCCUGUGGAAGGUUUCCGCCACAAAGAUAUUGUUCAGCUUAUCAAAUCAUCGGGCAACACUAUAAGGCUAGAGACAGUGUACAGUGACUCUAUACGAAAAGCAGAAUUAGAGGCCAGACUGCAGUAUUUGAAGCAAACCCUCCAUGAGAAAUGGGAUGAGUACAGGUCUCUGAUGAUGCAGGAGCAGAGACUGCUGCAUGGCAUUGUGAUGAGCGAUGCGGCCGUGUAUGAGUCGUUGGAGUCAGCUGGCAUUUAUGGCAGUCUUGGCGCACCAAGCCCUGCCGCCAUGCGGGCACUCCGCUGUACAGGCAGUACCAGCAGCAGUGCCAGUCACCUGAGCGCUGCCACGGAGGACGACCCUCUUUACCAAACCUGCUUUUACCAAGGAAACCACACAGAUUCUAGAAACCUCGUAAACAACCCAGCCAGGACGGACAGCACACAACAGAUGGCACCCCCACGGCAAAACCGCCUCCUCAGGCCCGCCAGCGAGGUGUUUGCCACAACCAAGACCCAGCUCACCCGCAGUGCCAGCACGCGAAGCUACGUCAGGAGCUCCACGCCCAUGGGGCAGAGCGGAGAGGAGAGACGAACAGGGUCUGGCUCCUCACAACUCAAGCCCAAACAGAAGAGCUUCCGUCGUCGGCUCCUCAAGUUUAUCCCUGGGCUGAACCGAGCACUGGAGGAGGAGGAGAGCAAACUCUGAGUUUGGCCUGUGAUUAACUCCAUACGGAGGGCCAAAGACUCUGACACAGAAACCCUCCAGAAACCCAUACAAACUCGGAACAGUUCAACAAUGACCAAAACCAACCCAGUUACCUAAAAGAGUGAAUAAAUCAACCUCCUGGAGAGAUUUAAACAUGGCCCAAUAGACCAGCACCACUUAACCAUACUCUUAUUUGUCCUGAGACCAAAAGGGAGAUUCCAAAGAGUUCUAACAGGUUUUCAUCCAAACCCACUGAGUUAAAAAUGGACUUUAAAACUUAACUUAUGUUCCACUCAGCUUUUGUCUGAUGUCAUUGUGUUGCGUUUAUCCUCAGUGCAAGUUCUGCACAUUCCCAAGUCCCAGUGUACAUUAUUUG